UUGUAGCCCUCUCCCUCUCUCUCUCUGUCGAUACAUCUGCCCUAAUUUCAGAGUAGCAUCUCUCUCUCUCUCUCUCUCUAGCCGUUGUAUUUUCUUUCGUUAAAUCUCAUUCUAAAUAUACAUACACAUUUGUGUACUCUUAUAUAUAGAGUGUGGCAGUUAUUGGGACGGUUAGGGUUUUUUGGGCUCGUCUUUAUCUGAUAAGUACCUCGUCUUGAGACAUUCAGCAAUCGCAGGAGGGUUUGGAAUUAUUGAAGUUGGGUUUGCACCCAUAUGGGAGUCUGUUGAGAGUUUCCUGUUUAUAUGCAAAUCCAUAAUUUACUCAGAUACGGAAGAAUAGAGUGUAGAAGCUGUGACUGCUCCCUUAUUCUUGGCAUAACAGUCCUUUGGAUACACCAUUUAGCCAAUCAAGUUCUUGGUGAGAGCUUGGAAAAUCAGAAAACAUUAAUUUAAAAAGGUAGUUAAUUGUGCAAAAUUAGAGAAAAUAGAGAAGUACAAAAUGAGAUUGGAAUAAUUGGAAUUUUUGAUAUACAGAGGUUGUGAGUUGUGCAAAAUUGGAGGAUAUAGUGAAGCAAGAUUGGUUGUAUAGGGAGAAGAAAGAGGGUUACCGCUAUUACUUGGAGGUUGUGUGUAGACUAAUACUUGCUGUGUUAGGGUGGGGAAGAAAGGAAAGCUAAAUUGGGUUUUAUUCUUAUACCCUGAUGAUGUCUGGUAAUGAUGGAAAAAAGUGAACCCGCUUUAGUUCCGGAAUGGUUGAGAUGUACAGGAAGUGUUAUUGGGGGUGGCACUUCAAGCCACCAUUUUGCAUCAUCUUCUUCGCAUUCAGGUACUGAUGGUUUUCUAAGGACAAGAAAUAGAUCUUCUAGGAAUGUAAACGAUAAGGAUAGCCCUCGUGCUCCUUUUUUGGAUCGACCUUCAUUGUCCAAUUCUAGGUUUAGUUCAGGUAGUACUGGUUCAACGAAGCAUCCAUAUAGCAGUUUCACUCGAAGUCAUCGUGAUAAAAACCGAGACAAGGAGAAAGAUAGGUCAGUUAUUGAGGAUCUUUGGGACCAUGACAGUUCAGACCCAUUGGGAAAUAUCUUAGGCACUAGGAUUGAGAAAACUAUUUUGAUGCGUUCUCAGUCACUGGUGUCUAGGAAGCCUCAUGAGGUGUUACCCCAAAGGGCAGUGGACUUAAAAAAUGGUAGUAACAACAAUCACAGUAGUGGACAUGAUGUGCUUGCUGGAGAGAGUGUAGCUGGUGGCAUCCAGAAGGCUGCAUUUGAAAAGGAUUUUCCAACUCUUGGAACAGAAGAGAAGCAAGGAGUACUUGAUAUAGGGAGAGUUUCAUCUCCUGGUUUCAGCAUGGCUGUUCAGAGCUUGCCUGUUGGCAGCUCCGGGUAUUCUGGUGGUGAGAGGUGGACAUCAGCUUUGGCAGAGGUGCCUGCCAUAAUUGGCAGCAGUGGACUCACAAACUCAUCUGUUCAGCAAAGUAUUGCCUCUCCAAUGCCCGGGGCAUCAAAUGCUGUGGCUGGUCCUAACAUGGCUCACGCAUUGUCACACAACCCAUCUAGAGCUUGUACCACUCCCCAGAUACCUGAGAAGACCCAAAGGUUUGAGGAAUUGGCUAUAAAGCAAUCUAGGCAAUUGAUACCCAUGACACCCUCGAUCCCUAAAGCCUUGAUUCUCAAUUCCUUUGAUAAAUCAAAGCAUCUCAAAGCAGCAGUUAGCACAAAUGAGAUGAGUGUGGCUGCGAAGAGUGUGCAGCAGCAGCCCUAUUCAUCACAAACUAGUCAAUCUCUUCGUAGUGGACAAGUCAGAUCGGAUGUUCCAAAGACCUCUCAUGCUGGAAAGUUUCUCGUUCUGAAGUCAGUACGGGAGAGUGGUGUCUCCCCUAUGGCAAAGGAGGUAUCCAGUCCAACUAAUAAUGCCAGUGGCGUGGCAGCAAAUGGCCUGCUUGCAUGGGCUACAUCAGCUCCAACUGCUCCUUUUACUAGCGCAAGUACCCCAAAGAUUCCUGCCCUUGAACACAAGUCAGCUGACUUGGUUCUCAAUCCCAGAUCCUCUGCAGAGAAGAGAGCUUCCCUAUCUCAAGCACAAAGCCGAAGUGAUUUUUUCAAUCUCAUGAGGAAGAAGACCUCGGUGAAUGCUUCUGCUAUCCUUCCAGAUUCGAGCGCUUCUCUUUCAUUUCCAUCUGUGGAGAAAUCUGGUAAAGUUUUUGAAGGAGUUAGUGUUCCUGUAAGUCCUCGUGUUACUGAGAAUGGUUGCCUGAUUCCUAGCAAUGACGAAUCUUAUGAAGAGGCUCAGAGGUUUUCUGAUGUUGGCGAGAAGAAUGUGCACCUCAACGGAGCAGCAGUUUAUCCAGACGAAGAAGAGGCUGCUUUCCUUCGUUCUCUUGGUUGGGAGGAAAAUGCUGGAGAGGAUGAAGGCCUCACUGAGGAGGAGAUCAAUGCUUUUUAUCAAGAGUACAUGAACCUGAGGCCGUCCUUGAAAGUGUGCCGGGGUGCCCAGCCAAAAUGUUCACUGCUGCCUGAAUCUCAUGCCUCCAAUUGAGGCGGUGCUUCCUCUGAAUUUAGAUCCUCUUAAUCUGAAACUGAGGCUUGACAGAUGAUCUCUCACAUACAGGAUCUGAAAGCUCAUUUUUGUUUGCAGAAGGUUUGCUGCUUUUUUCUCAUCUCUCUUGGUUUUUAGGAAAGCUGAUGUGUCAGUCCUGAAACAGAGAUUGGUUUUCUUAGAAGCCUGCCAUUGCAUCUUUUAGCGUAUUUUGGUCCCUUUUCUUUGUCUUUUUAAGAGAUCAUAAAGGAAAAAAAAGGCUUAUCACUUAUGAUGGUUUUAUCCAGCUUAUGAGAAAAAAAGAAAUUAGAAGAUUCAUUUUAGUUUUUUCUCCCUUUUUAAAGCUUAUGAUCAUGCGCAUACUUUUGUCCUCUUGUCCAUAUUGUUUUGAGUUUACAUUUUAUCU